CAUUGAGUAGAUGUGAAGGAAUUAUGGGAGAGAAGGCUUUAGUUAGAUUGUGCAGGGCUCCGUGCUCCAGAUGGGCUUUGUGUUUUGGAGCGAUCAUCAGAUUUGCAUUUUAGAGAGAUGACUCUGGCCUCGGUGGAGAGUGGACUGAAAGGGGCAAGAAUGGAGGCAGCAAAGACUGAAGUCUUUGGGUCUUGGCUGGGCCGGCCAGCAGAUACCCUUUCUCAGCAUUGGCGUCUCCUGGCUUACGCUUGGCCAGCGCGGUGCCUCCCCGGGAUCUCCCUCCCUGCUCCUCCCCCAGGGCCCCGCGGGCGGCCGGGGAAGCGAGGCGUGGGGUGGCCCUGCCUGGGUGGUCUCCUGCCCCGCCCCCACCCGCGGCGCCGUCGCCUAGCAGCGGAUCCGGCUGCGCGGCUCCGGGUAAUUUGCGGACCCCUCAGCCAAUGGGAGGGCGCCGUCCCGGCCCGCUCCCUUUUUCUGGAGCUAAGGACGCCUCCUCCUGACUGCGUUCCCCACCUCAAGCCGCGCGGGGCGUCGCGGGCCGGUCGCUCUGCCUGCACGCGGGACCGACUCCCGCACCCGCGCCGCGCUGCGCUCGCCCCCCAUCGCAGGCGCCGCGGCACCCCAGCACCCCACCCUCACGCACGCCGCGCCUAAGCGGCCCCACUGAGUCCCGACGCGGGGCUCCGCCGUACCUGGGUACCAGGCCAGCUUAUGGAGAAUCCCAGAUAACGCGGGUUGGGGGCGCCCACGCCCCCCAUCCCCGCCGGCAUGGCUCGGCCGCCGCCACUCCAAGAGCUGCCCCCUGGCUAUACACCCCCAGCUCGAGCCGCAUCACCCCAGAUCCUAGCUGGGAGCCUGAAGUCUCCACUCUGGCUUCGUGCUUACUUCCAGGGCCUGCUUUUCUCUCUGGGCUGCGGGAUCCAGAGACACUGUGGCAAAGUGCUCUUCCUGGGCCUGCUGGCCUUUGGAGCCCUGGCACUGGGUCUCCGCGUGGCCAUCAUUGAGACAGACCUGGAACAGCUCUGGGUGGAAGUGGGCAGCCGGGUGAGCCAAGAGUUGCAUUACACCAAGGAGAAGCUGGGGGAGGAGGCUGCCUACACCUCCCAGAUGCUGAUACAGACCCCACGCCAGGAAGGGGAGAAUGUCCUCACACCUGAGGCACUGGACCUCCACCUCCAGGCAGCCCUCACCGCCAGUAAAGUGCAAGUAUCACUCUAUGGAAAGUCCUGGGACUUGAACAAAAUCUGCUACAAGUCAGGAAUUCCCCUAAUUGAAAAUGGAAUGAUUGAGCGGAUGAUUGAAAAGCUGUUUCCGUGCGUGAUCCUCACCCCCCUCGACUGCUUCUGGGAAGGAGCCAAACUCCAAGGGGGCUCUGCCUACUUGCCCGGCCGCCCUGACAUCCAGUGGACCAACCUAGACCCAGAGCAGCUGCUGGAGGAACUGGGCCCCUUUGCCUCCCUCGAGGGCUUCCGGGAGCUGCUAGACAAGGCACAGGUGGGCCAGGCCUAUGUGGGGCGGCCCUGCCUGCACCCUGAUGACCUCCACUGCCCACCUAGUGCCCCUAACCAUCACAGCAAGCAGGCUCCCAAGGUGGCUCAGGAGCUGAGUGGGGGCUGCCACGGCUUUUCCCACAAGUUCAUGCACUGGCAGGAGGAAUUGCUGCUGGGGGGCAUCGCCAGAGACCCCCAAGGACAGCUGCUGAGGGCAGAGGCCCUGCAGAGCACCUUCCUGCUCAUGAGUCCCCGCCAGCUGUACGAGCACUUCCGAGGUGACUACCAGACGCACGACAUCGGCUGGAGCGAGGAGCAGGCCGGCAAGGUGCUGCAGGCCUGGCAGCGGCGCUUCGUGCAGCUGGCUCAGGAGGCCCUGCCUCAGAAUUCAUCUCAGCAGAUCCACGCCUUCUCCUCCACCACCCUGGAUGACAUCCUGCACGCUUUCUCUGAAGUCAGUGCUGCCCGUGUGGUGGGAGGCUAUCUGCUCAUGCUAGCCUAUGCCUGUGUGACAAUGCUGCGCUGGGACUGUGCCCAGUCCCAGGGUGCAGUGGGCCUUGCAGGGGUGCUGCUGGUAGCCCUGGCAGUGGCCUCGGGCCUUGGGCUCUGCGCCCUGCUCGGCAUCACCUUUAAUGCUGCCACUACCCAGGUGCUGCCCUUCUUGGCACUGGGCAUCGGUGUGGAUGACAUAUUCCUGCUGGCACAUGCCUUCACAGAGGCUCCCCCUGGCACCCCCUGGCAGGAGCGCACAGGCGAGUGUCUGCAGCGCACCGGGACCAGCGUCGCGCUCACAUCCAUCAACCACAUGGUUGCCUUCUUCAUGGCUGCCCUCGUUCCCAUCCCUGCACUGCGGGCCUUCUCCUUGCAGGCGGCCAUAGUGGUCGGCUGCAACUUUGCAGCUGUGAUGCUUGUCUUCCCGGCGGUCCUCAGCCUGGACCUGCACCGGCGCCACUGCCAGCGCCUUGAUGUGCUCUGCUGCUUUUUCUAGGUACUCCCCUGCUCAGCUCGGGUGAUCCAGAUCCUGCCCCAGGAACUCGGGGACAGGACGGUCCCUGUGGGCAUUGCCCACCUGACGGCCACAGUUCAAGCCUUCACCCACUGUGAAGCCAGCAGCCAGCAUGUGGUCACCAUCCUGCCACCCCGCGCCCACUUGGUGCCCCCACCUUCUGACCCGCUGGGCUCUGAGCUCUUCAGCCCGGGAGGGUCCACGCGGGACCUCCUAGGCCAAGAGGAGGGGCCCAGGCAAAAGGCAGCCUGCAGCUCCCUGCCCUGUGCCCUGAACCUUGCCCAUUUCGCCCGCUAUCGGUUCGCACCCUUGCUGCUCCAGUCGCACAGCAAGGCCGUGGUGCUGGCGCUCUUUGGGGGUCUCCUGGGCCUGAGCCUCUACGGAGCCACGCUCGUGCAGGACGGGCUGGCCCUGACGGAUGUGGUGCCUCGGGGCACCAAGGAGCAUGCCUUCCUGAGCGCCCAGCUCAGGUACUUCUCCCUCUACGAGGUGGCCCUGGUGACACAGGGUGGCUUUGACUACGCCCACUCCCAACGCGCCCUUGAUCUGCACCAGCGCUUCAGCUCUCUCAAGGCCGUGCUGCCCCCCCCAGCCGCCCGGGCGCCCCGCACCUGGCUGCACUAUUACCGGAACUGGCUGCAGGGAAUCCAGGCUGCCUUUGACCAGGACUGGGCUUCCGGGCGCAUUAGCCGUCACUCGUGCCGCAACGGCUCUGAGGAUGGAGCGCUGGCCUACAAGCUGCUCAUCCAGACCGGGGAUGCCCGGGAGCCCCUGGAUUUCAGCCAGCUGACCACAAGGAAGCUAGUGGAUAAGGACGGGCUGAUUCCACCCGAGCUCUUCUAUGUGGGGCUGACCAUGUGGGUAAGCAGUGACCCGCUGGGCCUGGCGGCCUCGCAGGCCAACUUCUACCCCCCACCUCCCGAGUGGCUGCACGACAAGUAUGACACCACCGGGGAGAACCUUCGCAUCCCGGCAGCCCAGCCCCUGGAAUUUGCCCAGUUCCCCUUCCUACUGCGUGGCCUCCAGAAGACUGCGGACUUCGUGGAGGCCAUCGAGGGGGCCCGGGCAGCGUGUGCCGAGGCAGGCCGGGCCGGGGUGCGCGCCUACCCCAGCGGCUCCCCCUUCCUCUUCUGGGAGCAGUAUCUGGGCCUGCGGCGCUCCUUCCUGCUGGCUGUCUGCAUCCUGCUGGUAUGCACCUUCCUCGUCUGUGCCCUGCUGCUGCUCAACCCCUGGACGGCGGGCCUCAUAGUACUGGUCCUGGCGAUGAUGACUGUGGAGCUCUUUGGCAUCAUGGGUUUCCUGGGCAUCAAACUGAGUGCCAUCCCCGUGGUGAUCCUUGUGGCCUCUGUAGGCAUUGGUGUUGAGUUCACGGUCCACGUGGCUCUGGGCUUCCUGACCACCCAGGGGAGCCGGAACAUGCGGGCUGCCUGUGCCCUAGAGCACACCUUGGCUCCAGUGACCGAUGGGGCCAUCUCCACAUUGCUGGGUCUGCUCAUGCUUGCUGGUUCCAACUUUGACUUCAUCAUAAGGUACUUUUUCGUGGUGCUAACAGUGCUCACACUCCUGGGCCUCCUCCAUGGGCUCGUGCUGCUGCCCGUGCUGCUCUCCAUCCUGGGCCCCCCACCAGAGGUGGUACAGAUGUACAAGGAGAGCCCAGAGGUCCAGCCCCCAGCUCCACGAGAAGGAGGGCUCAGCUGGGGGUUGUCCCCCACCCUGCAGAGCUUUGCCAGAGUGACUACCUCCAUGACAGGGGCCCUCCACCCACCCCCACUACGUGCCUACAUCCAUCCAGCCUCUGAUGAGCCCACUUGGUCCCCUGUUGCCACACCAGCUGCCAACGGCUCCAGCAACCUCAGUUCUAGGGGACCAUGUCCAGCCACUGGAUGAAAGAGUGCCUGAAGCAAGGAGACCCUGCUUGGGCCACAUGAGGUCACUGGGAAGUAAUGCGGGGUGGGGUGGUGUUACUGAAUACAGGACAGCUGCCUGGAGAACCCCGCUGCUGCUGUCUCUCUCAUCAUCCCCUCCCCUGCCCCAGCGGUCACGGACCUCCCUGCUGUUCUAUGAAACCAGCAGCCUCUGGGCUCAGAGCAGCCUCGACACCGGGCUGUGUGUGUGGGCGCCUGUCCGGAUGCGGGGAGAGGCCAGCAAUUCAGGCUGCAGUCAGGCCCUCUUCUCCCCCCCCCCCCACACCCCUGUGCUGCUGGCCCCUAGCAGACCAAGACGGGAGGGGUCCUCUAGCACCCUUUGGGAGGCCUGGGCCCCCUAUGCUUGGCAGCUGCCCACAUCCUACCACAUAAAUUAUUUAUAUGAAGAUGUUAGUUUUGUAGUUUGUAUAGAUGGUAGCUACGCUGAAAGUUUUAUUUUUAAAGAGUGAAAUAUAUUCUAUAUGAACUCUCAAACGACUUCGGCACUUUUCUUUUGAACAAAUGGGAGUUUGCAAGUAUAGGGGUGUCAUAGUCUGAGUUCCUGGGGCUACUCUAAUCCUGGGAGGGAAAGGCCACAGGUGCUAAAUUUUUGUAACAUAAUUUGGGUCCAUUUAUUCACCUGGCAAGUAAUGAUGAUCAGCAAACGUACGCUGGUCAUAUAGUUGGCAACAGGACCUGAGUUAAGUGCUCAGUGUGCAAAAAGAUACAAAGGUUUUUGAUGUCAAAUUCUACGCGGGGUGGCUUUCAGGCCAG